UCCCUCGGCACCUGAGGAGACGGUACCGGCGGUGUGGCGAGGAGAAGGCGGAGUCGGCGUGAGGGGAGGCGGAGGGAAGGAAGAGGCGGAGGACGAGGAUGGUCCCCGCGGUGGGGCCGCAGCCGCUCAGCCCGCCCGGCGCUCCGGCGGAUUGUGAAGUAUGGUUUGAGAAACAUCAACACAGUAGAAGCUGGAGUACUAUUGCAGUCUUGUAAACAGCCACUCACCAGUGAUCCUCAUCUCUCAAACUAUGCCAGAGAUGACAGAGAAGGCUCCUCUUAAGAAACAACACCGAAAGAAAAACCGUGAGACUCACAAUGCAGUGGAGAGGCAUCGAAAGAAGAAAAUCAAUGCUGGAAUAAACCGAAUUGGUGAACUAAUUCCAUGCUCCCCAGCACUGAAACAGAGUAAGAACAUGAUCCUUGACCAGGCAUAUCAAUAUAUAACAGAAAUGAAAAGGCAAAACGAUGAGCUCCUGCUGAAUGGAGGAAACAAUGAGCAAGCUGAAGAAAUAAAAAAGCUCCGGAAGCAGUUGGAUGAACUUCAGAAGGAAAAUGGGCGCUACAUUGCAUUAUUGAAAGCCAACGACAUUUGCCUUUAUGAUGACCCCACUGUCCACUGGAAACGGAACCUCAAGCACGCAAAAGUUUCUGUUGUUAUCCCCAAUGAUCAGGAGCAAAAGAAGAAAGGGAACCUGAAAAAUGCAAAAGUGUCUGUUGUUAUCCCCAGCGACCAGCUGCAAAAGAACAUCAUUGUAUAUUCCAACGGCAGUCAGCUUGGUGGAAGCAACCAGGGGGCAUCAGUCCAAGGAAUAACCUUUAAUAUCAGUCAUAAUUUACAGAAGCAGACUGCUAAUGUUGUUCCUGUCCAGAGGACUUGCAACCUAGUCACUCCUGUGACCAUUUCUAGUAUCUAUUCCACAGAAAUCAAAUCAGGGCUUCAGACUUCAGUUCCUCCACUGGUAUCAGGCCCGUCAAAUCCAGCCAAGAAAAUUAUUGAGCACUCUACCUCUGAGAAUGAGCAAGGCCUACCUACUAGUUCUAGUGCUGACAGCUCCCUGAAUCCCUUGCAGCUAGUGAGGCUACAGCCUGAAAUGCAGAGUUCUCCACAAGAUGAAGAUGACAUCUCCAAAUCUAAAAAUAAACCAGAGACUUUCAAGUUAAUUGAGAAAGCGGGUUUGCCUAGCAACAGCCUUCCUGUCAACGCUAGUGUAGACAGAUCUCUGGCUCCGCUGGCAGACAUGCCCCCUAAAGAGGAUCCAAGAAAUGGAUCCCUAGAAAGCUGUGUGGUUUCUGCAGCUGACACCACUUGUACUCCAUCUGUGAUGCUCUCCAUUGAUGGAAAGCCGUCUGCAGGAAGCAUCUUCAAAAGCAGCGGAGGGCCAGCAGCGUCUGCUGUAGAAAUCCAGAAGGCUGUAACAGAAAUUAACACUUUGCCUGCUGCUUCUAUAGAUAAGUGGCCUUUUCCCAGUUCUUCAGCUGCUGGCACUUCAAAUUCCAAAACCGUGGGUAGCCUGACGCGAAUGACUUCUGCUGGAAACACCCAGACUACUUGGACUACUUUGCAACUAGCAGGGAAUACUGUUCAGCCUCUAAACCGUACUCUGUCCAGCAUAAACGCAGCCCUCUUAAAUCAGCCAGUUAACAAUGCUAGCAUUACAGCAUCCACUCCUAACAGGAUUUUGGCAACUGCUCCCAGUUUAAAUAAUCCUCUACCUGCUGGUGAACAAACAGCUGAGCAAAUCAUGGUUACUUUGCCAUCUUACCCAUCCUUACCUAUGCAGCCGCUAGUCACUAAGACGCAGGUUCUAGCACAACCUGCAAACGGCCUCCUUCCAUUGAAUCCACCGAUGCAGCUGAUUCAGGUGCCCCAGCCAGUAGGUCCAUCUGUCACUGCACCACCUGCUAAACAAAAUGUAGUCAUUUUACAGCCUUCAAAUGCCAGUGCAGGUCCACCAGUGUUGAGAACUGAAAUCCCCAACCAAACUGUUAGCCAGCAGAUUGUAAUUAUACAGACCGCUAACCCAAAUCCUCUCUCCCUUUUCUCUGCUCCUCCUCCUCCUCCUCCUCCUCCUAUCAGAAUGCCUAUAAAUGGAGCCGCUCCCUCAGCAAGUGCUAGUAACCCUAUGCAAAAUGCCUCUGGCCCUCAUAUGUUUGGUGGGAAGCAUCUUGUCCAUAUUUUGCCAAGGCCAUCUUCUGCACCAUCUUCUGGCUCAACACAAACGUUUUCAGUUGCAAUGGCUAACCAACAUCUUCCGCAGACUAUUUCUUUAAAUGGGCAGCUGUUUGCAUUGAAGCCUGUGAAGUCCUGUUCUGGAGGUUCGGAUCAAACCCCUAUGCAAGUUAUUCAGCCUACCACCAGUGAAGAUCCAAAUACAAACGUUGCCCUCAAUACAUUUGGUGCUUUAGCUAGCCUCAAUCAAAGCAUAUCGCAGAUGGCUGGACAGAAUUGUCUGCAGGUGUCUACCAGUCAGCCUACAAAUCCAUCAACGGUCAGCAGCCAAACCACACCAAGUACCCAUGUUCUGCUGGCAGCUACAGCAGCAUCCUCUUCUGCUGCUGAGAAUGUAAUGUUAACCAGUGUUUCGUGCUCAGUGGGUGCUUCUCCCCCCAAAACCUCAUUUGGUCUGGCUUCAAAAUGGUCUAAUAAAAGUACUAAGAAAUGCUUGGUGGCCAGCAGCAAUCUUGCAUGUCGAGUGAAUUCUUGCAAAGAUUUGAAGAACCUUGAUAGUGGGGAUGUGGAGGCUACCCCUGAGCAUUCAGGAAGUGACAUCUUGCUUGAAAACAUGCCUGAUAAUGUGGUGUUGCAAAGCUUAGCCAUAUCACAAGCAAAUAGGGCAGCACCUAACGAUGUUGCCCAAAAUGAUGCUUCCAAUUCACAUCCCAAAGAGAGACUGAGAGCUGAACAAGACAUGGAAAGCACCCUGGCCUCUGACCUGAAUGCAGCUAUAGUGCCGAGAUCGUUGCCCCUCGAAUCAGCCUCCUCAGAACAGUUUGAAGUGGUUGCUCCCGUCUCCAGAGAGUGUGCAUCUCUGCCUCCUCAAACUAAUUCAGCAACAAAUUCUAAGUUAUCAGAAUCACCCAAAUGCAUCCCCACCAGCCCUUUAACAUCUUCUGACUCUCAGGUGACAGCUUCUCAUAUUUCUGGGACAUCUGUGGCAAACAGUGGGGUGAGUGCAGAGGGUGUUCCCAGAACAGAGGUGUCUGAAAUCUGCACAAUGGAACAAAAUUGUUCCAUAGUCAUGCAGGCCAGUGAUUUGUUAGAAGAGCAAGGCCUGACCAAGAUUUUCUCUGAUUUCAGUAAAGUGGGAGAAGCUGUGGAAAAAAACUUCUCGGUCCAAGUUGAACACCCUAAUUUUCGCACCCAAAACACUAAAUCAAUUAUAGACUCGAAUGACUUGGCAGAGAAGCAGGAGGGGCUCUUGCUGGUGAACACUGAAGAGGAAAACCUUGCACAGUCUCAUUCCUGUACCUCUGAACAAGAAACAGUCACUGCUAACAGACAAGCAGACUCUCCCAUGUCAACUAGCUCAGGCAGCAGUUGUGGAUUCUCAGUUGCAUCCAUGUUGCCAGACACAUGCAGGGAAAAUGUUCCCAACAACACUUCAGUGAAUACAUGCAACAGCUGUAACUUUUCAGAGCAAACGGAUAUUGUAGCUUUGGCAGCAAAAGCCAUUUUUGACCAAGAGGCCCAUGCAAAAGCAGCCGUGUCGGGAGCUGCUGUUUCCAAGGAUGAUGAAGUGGCAUCUCUAAGAAGAGACCAGUCUCUUAAGUCUCACACCAUUAAAGAGGCAGACCAGAUAGAAACAGUGCCAGGAAAUUUCAGCACCCAGAAUGCAGUGAAAAUAAACGUUGAUCGGUCAGUCGAGAAACAAAGCUGUUCCGUUGGAGUGGAAGUGUCCCGUGUAACCUUGCAAAUUCCAGCCUCCCAGUCUUCAAGCACAUCAAGCUUAAGUGUCAAUAAUCUCAUCCAUCAAAGCUGCAUCAUCCACCCUGUUGUGAGCUGCUCAGCUUUACCCCCAACUUCAGACCAAUCAGCUGUUCCUGUGACUAUGACUCCAUCCAUGCCCACUAAUCCCUAUAUGACUCAGUCUCCAGGACAUUCUCCAGUGCUAAUGACAGAUUAUGCUUCAGAGCAACUGUCUGCUGUUCGGACCAGCACCAUGCAGGCUUCUCAGAUGCAUGAGCCACACUUAAAGCAGCAAAGCCAGGAGAGCCGCAAAGACUCUGUCAAACGUUCUCUUCCAGAUGAUCACCUGCUUUCCACGCCGAAGAGACAGAAACACUGCCAGACGGCACCUAUGCAGCUUGAAGGGAUGGCUUUACUGAACCAAACAGCUGACGAUAUUUCAGAUCAAAGUCGAAUCCUUGUCAACCAGAUCCCCUCCAACUCCUCCAAUAUGGCAGUAUCAGGGAGCAGUCAAGGGCACACGGAUAGUCUUAGCCGGCUGUUCCCAACCAGCAAUUUUGUGCCACCUGCUCUGAGGCAAGCUGAAAUCCAGUGUAAUUCUCAGCCUUCUGUCCCGGAUCAGUCAGGACAGCACCUGCAACCUAUUCAACAUGCUCCCACUCAAGGAAUGACCCACCUUCAUAGCAAUCCGUAUAUAAAGCAGCAGCAGCAACAACAACAGGCUGGACAGUUAAGAGAAAGACAUCAGUUGUAUCAACUCCAGCAUCACAUUUCUCAUGCAGAAAGCCCUAUCCAUUCGCAAGCCCUCAGCGUCCACCAGCAAAGAGUAAUGCAUCAGGAGGCACAAAUGCAGAAGAAGAGGACCCUCAUCCAAGCAGCCCAGCCCACCACACUUGCUCUGCAGCAGAAGCAUCAUGGGAACGACCAGUCGCGGUCAAAGAGCAGCCAGCCCCACCCCCAUCACCCACAGAUGCAGCAAAUGCAGCAGCACUAUCCAUCUUCUCAGCCCGAGAAGACAUGCGAGAACCCCACUGCAAACAGAACUCACCACAACCAUCCCCAGAGCCGUCUGAAUCAGGACAUUCUGCACCAGCAAGCACCAGAUGUGGGCAACAGACAGACAGGUUCUGGAGUUUCUUCUGAACACGUGCCAGGACAUGGCCAGAUGCAAAGACUUAUGACCUCCAGGGCUUUGGAGCAGCAAAUGGUGUCCCAGCCUAGUAUUGUCACCAGGUCAUCCGACAUGACCUGUGUCCCCCACAGACAAGAAAGAAACAGGGUUAGCAGCUACUCCGCAGAGGCACUUAUUGGAAAGACGCCCUCUAAUUCAGAGCAGAGACUAGGAAUAUCCAUUCAGAGCUUGAGGGCUUCAGAUAAUCUUGAAAUGAGAAAUUACCUUGAUGUGUCUAGGAAUAAAGGAUUGGUAAUCCAUAACAUGCAAGGACGCAUGUCAGUAGACCACACAGUUGGAGCAGAUGUUCAAAGACUUUCUGAGUGCCAGACAUUCAAGGCAAAUGGCACGAACCAGCAGUUUGAUGUGCAGUCCUCAAGGAACAGUGAAAUAGGGACCUCAAUGUCAUCCCUCAGAGGUAUGCAGACACAGGCUUUUCGAAUUGCCCAGAAUGCUGGACCACCCAUAGACAGACAGAAGAGGUUGCCCUAUCAGCCAGUUCAGGGCAUCUCAGCAGGAAAUGUUCUUCCUCCCCCAAGAGACAAUGAAAAUACCUGCCACCAAAGUUUUAUGCAGAGUUUACUUGUCCCUCAUCUUGGAGAGCAAGUCGGUGGAGGCCAAAGACCAAUUGCAGAGCACCAGAGAAAUCCACAGUGUGCCACUUCUUCUAUUGUUGAAUAUAAUUGCCCCCCAGCAAGAGACAGUAUUCACAUUCGAAGAGAAGGCGAUGGUCAGAACAGGGAAAGUUGCGAUAUGUCUCUUGGUGCUAUUAAUAAUAGGAACAAUACAUUAAAUAUUCCCUUUUCAAGUUCCUCUGGAGAUAUUCAGGGUCGCAAUACCAGCCCCAAUAUUUCUGUUCAGAAAUCCAACCCCAUGAGAAUGACAGAGAGUCAUGGAACCAAGGCUCACAUGAAUGCUCCAGUUUCUAGCAAUGUGCAUGGAGUCGUCCGACCUCCUCUCACCCACCCACCCGUCUCUCGGAACGCCGAGCAAGUCCCACCGUCAGUUCGUCAACCCAAUUCUUCAGUUACUCAGCGAUCAAGACACCCUCUCCAAGAUAACAGUGGUUCUAAAAUUCGCCAGCCUGAAAGAAAUCGUUCUGGAAAUCAAAGACACGGAAAUGUCUUUGAUCCUAGUCUUCCCCACCUUCCUUUGGCUGCCAGUGGUAGCAUGAUCCUUGGAAGGCAACAACCUGCUCUAGAAAAAAGAGGCAGUAUUGUGCGAUUCAUGCCUGAAGGACCACAAAUGACUAAUGACAGUGCAGCUCCUGAUCAGCACAGUCUGUCUCAAAAUUUUGGAUUCCCUUUUAUUCCAGAGGGUGGAAUGAAUCCCCCCAUAAAUGCCAACGCACCGUUCAUCCCACCAGUGACUCAGUCUAGUACUACUCGAACACCAGCCCUGAUUCCAGUAGAUCCUCAAAAUACGUUGCCAUCUUUUUAUCCGCCAUAUUCUCCUGCCCAUCCCACCCUUUCCAAUGACAUUUCAAUCCCUUAUUUUUCGAACCAGAUGUUUCCUAAUCCAAGCACAGAGAAGCCAAGCGGUGGAGGUUUAAACAAUCGCUUUGGCUCCAUCUUGUCUCCUCCCAGGCCAGUGGGCUUUGCCCAGCCAAGUUUCCCCCUUUUGACAGACAUGCCCCCAAUGCAUAUGGCCAAUUCAUCUCACUUGUCCAAUUUUAAUUUGACUUCUUUAUUCCCAGAGAUUGCUACAGCUCUUCCUCCAGAUGGUUCCGCAAUCUCGCCUCUGCUCUCCAUAGCGAACACAUCUGCUUCUGAUUCUUCCAAGCAGUCAUCAAACCGGCCUGCUCACAACAUAAGCCAUAUUCUAGGUCAUGAUUGCAGUUCGGCUGUAUGAAAUGUGGUGGCCAGGAGUUAGAAUGGUGAAUUGUUUUAUGUGCGUAGUAUGCAUAUUUGUGUAUAUACAUGCAUGUGUCCAUGUAUGCAUUUGGGAUUGCCAUCCUUGAAAAGACCACUCGAAGCAUCACUGUUUGUGGGGAGUAUAUAUACAAUAGCAGGUGCUUCUGUCUUUCUACAUACCCGUGUUGCUAAAGUAGCAGGUGCCUAUCUCAAUGCUUACUAGUAAGAGUAAGAAUCCAACACCUUGAUCUGUCUUAACAGAGUUCCAGAUCAUCACCCCCUGUGCCAAGAUGAGCCUAGUGCAAAAUUAAGCCCAGGGAAACUGAAGAGUUGCAUUUAUAGUUCUUGGUUUUUCUUUUUUGCCCAGGAAGUAGACAGGUGAGGGUCUCAAACACAUCUCAGAUUGGUACAAAGGUUUUGAGUCAAUGCACACUAGAUCACUUUUACUAUUUGUGUUGAAGUUUAUCAUAGACAUCUUUCAUAGGGCUGACUUCAUGUGAUGAAUUCUGACGGGCAUUUAAAGCUUAGUGCCAUGCCUAGCUUCUGAGGAACUGUAUUAACGUAUCGUGUAAUGGGAAAUACUGCCUCUCUUCUGAAACAUAUAGUUUAAUGCUCUCCUCCUGAGGCUUUUAUUUUUAGCAUUGUUUCUGCUAACAAUCCAUAGAAUUUUUUUAAAAACCAUUUAUGUUCAGUUCAGUUCAUGCAUGUUGAUUUCUCCCCCGCAGCUUGUAUGCUGUGAGUUUCUCAGGGUAUCCUUUUUAUGUCCUGCUUAUCACUUUUUUGAGGAGGGGAAUUCUCUCCAUUUUUACCAUUGUAAUGUUUUUCUUUCCUUUUCCCUCAGAUAACUCUGGUAACCUGAGAGCAUGUAAUAGGAACAAAUAUUGUUGGGUGAAACUGUAGGCAAAUACAACAUUAGUAUUAAGUGCUUAUUUAAAUGUAUUCGUUUGCACUUACAAAGCACCUUCUGUCCAGAAACGCUUUGCUGGGAACAGAAAGAGGAGCGUGUGAAGUUUUGAGCACUUAGCAAAAUGGGAUGGUCUUGAUGAGGCAAAGUUACAGGGGAGAAGCACUUGUCAGUAACUUAAUAGAUGAAAUGUGGCAAGUAACAGGUGAAUGGCUCAUUUUCUCUUGUAAUUGUUACAAAUCCUUUUUUUUUUUUUUGCACCCUUUUGGAUAGUUUAAAACAUACAGCAAUAUUGUUUCAAAGAGUCUUCCUCAGCUGAUGGUGGCCAGGCUAUGACCCUGGCAGUAAAAAAAAUUGGCCUGGAAUACUUCCUUGGUGAUUGCUAGCUUCUUUGUGGGACUUAAGGAGAAAAAACUUAGGCAAUUAGAUAGCCGGAAGAACCUUAGAGGUAGCAUAUAAAGGGAUCUUAGAAUGGGUAUAGUAUAUAGUCAUUGCUUAGUAAAUGUGCUGAAGUUACAGCGUGGGUCUGUCUCGGAAUAGCGAUUCCUCAGCAGCACCAGUUGCUUUGAGGGCCUCCUGUCUCAGAACAGGGGUCCUCAUGGGAAUUUUUAAUCUCCAGUGGGAAAUCUGAAGUGGCUUGGUCAGAAUCAGAACUGUAGGAAUAUCCACAAGCUUGGCUUUUUAAUGAGUACCCCAGAAGGUUCACUUGGCCAAGUUAGCUUCCUAGUAUUGCAGUGGCUGAUUCACAAAGGGUAAGGUAAGACAGAACAGCUUCCAUGGACCUGCGUGACACAUGCCUGAAAACCGAGGGAAUUUGAAUCUUGGACUCUAAAAGAAGGGCGUGCAAGGUUACCAUUGAUUUGUAAUAGCAUAUUUCUGCUUUGAAGGAUGUGCCUUCAGUUUGCCCUGGAGUUCAAGUGUCCUUAUGUGCUUCAAAAUGCUAUCCUCUUGGCUCACCUUUUCAGGGUAGGACCCAUGGCUUGUUGCUUUCUUCUAACUCCAGCUAUAGUAGCUGCCACAUAACAUACAUUUUUGUCCAUCAGCAAUGGCAAAACAAGCCGUUUCCUCUUAGAAUCCAGUGUGUGAAGGUAAACUUAGAACCCCAGGGCAUCCAGAUUAUUUUUAAAACUGCGAACAGCUCUCUUGGCCAUAGUUUGUGCAUAGCGUGUUGGGAAGCAUCUAGCCUCAUGGUGAUUUCAGUUCAUUGGCUUGGCAGGGUCAUUCAGCCUGGAUCUCUGGGUCUCCAAGUGCUUGGGGAAUUCAUCACUGUGAAAGAAUGUAUGCUACCAUAGUUGUCAUCAAGAGCUCGAUUCCAUAUAUAUUGUCUCAAGAAAAGGGUGGAUACAGUAAUUAUUUUCAAAGGGCAUACUAGCAUGAGAAGACAUAUGUAUGUAUGUGCAGACAUCAAAAACACAUGGAUUCCUAGCAUAAUUUUCUCAAAAGCAAUUGUCAAGUAACCAGUUAUUUGGAUUCUUCAUUCCAUACGUCAUUCCAGCUACUUGGUUCAGUUUGGAGACUUCUCUGUGUUGUACGAUUUAACCACUUAAGAGAUGUCAUAGAAUUGUCUCUGAGUUUCUGAUAAUAUCACUUGGAUAAUGUCUGAAAUGAACAUCUAUUUCUUCGAAGGCUUUAUCUCUUGCUGCAUAAAAGUCUUGUCAUUUGCCAUGAUUAAUAAGUAAAAGUGGUGUAUUUGACAUGCCUUACUCCACAUAACUCAUUUCCUAAGGAUGUGGAAUUGUUCCUUAGUGUUCUGCUCCCCCCAAAAAGCUGCAAGACCCCUUAAAAAUCCUUAACUAUUCAGCCUGUUUAAGUUUGUUAGACAUGCACUAAUUGUGUUUGAGGGGUUUUUUGUAGUGCAGAAAUCAGAAGGACUACCUUGGUUGUCCAUAGAAAAGUUAAAAAUUCAAAUCAAUUAUUAUUUGCUAAAUUUAUAACACACUCUGCUGAAGGAGCCUAGGGCAGCAUUCACAUCAAAUUCCUGCAAUUGCUACAAGUAAUUUAAUUCUGUAAUGAAAGAGGACAUAGCAGGUUAACUCUUUUCUGUUGUGGGCCCCAUGCUAGGGGGUGGAAGGGGCACUUUGCUGUGCUACUUGUAUACACAUGCCAAGUUUCUGUUUUGUCCCAGUGAAAAUGGAGAGCUCUGUGUUGCAUUGGUUAGUCGAGUAUUUUUUUAAAGCACUUGAAAAAGUCUUGAAGCACUUGAAAAGGUCUGCAGUGUCUGAUACAAACUUUAUGGUCUGAUACAGACUGAUACAAACUUUAUGGGACUAUGAACAUUAACUUUUUAAAAAUUAUUCAUAAUUAGUACACACUGGUUUUUCAAAAAAAUAUUCUGGUCUUGAAAACAGAAGGGGAAGAAAACUGCUACUUUAUAGAAAUUAUGAUGUUGUGCCUUGACACUGCGUUGGUGUUGCCUCACUGUUCUAUAGCUUACAUUGUUUAACCACCUUCCACCCCCCGUUUUUAGUUGGUUGUCCUAUACAGUUAGUGGUACUCCUAGUAUUGAGAAGAAUCAGUUUUCUUAUUUUGCAUCAGAGGAAUUCAGGUUAAAUACUCAAAUAAUAAGGAGCUGAGGAAACUUAAAAAAGAGUGACUUUCCAAGACAAACAUGGCAAGUUAGAAUCCUAGUUUUCCUGGCUUACCUUUAUACUGUUCUAUAUUUGUCAUAGAAGUUCAUUUCUAUGCAAAAGGUUGUGGAUUCUGUAAACUGGUUAGAUGUGGUUUAAGUGCAGAGAAUGGGGAAGGGCUGAAAACAGGCCAUUCAAUAUGAGAAAAGGCUUCUGCAUGUUAUUUCUUCUGAGCCAAUAUCUAUUGUGACCCUCCCCUUUGCUCCCCAUGGUUUUUAUUUUAGUUCUGCCUCCGCCAUCAAGUUAGCAAGACAUCUACAGAGCUGGGAGGGUGUAUGUUUUAAAUUCUGUAAAUUGGUGUCUAUUUCCCACUUUUCCGACGAAGGAAAAAAUUAAGACUGCUAAACCGUUCAGUGUGUUCUGUGGUAUAAGCUAAUAGAUCAACCACUUCUGUGGGCUUUAUCUAUAUUACAUCUUCUUACAAGGAUUUUCUGGUAGACACAACUGUGGUAGAUAGCUGCUAAUGUGAACCUUAGUGCUGUUAAGACCUUUUUAAAAUGUCUGUCUUGACAUUGUCUGCGGUGGCAGCUUUGCUGUCAUAAGUGCUGGAGGAGCUUGAGCGAUCGCAGGGAGUUCCGUUUAGCCGAAAAUUGUCGUGUCUCAGUAGAAUCCUUGGAGUACAAACUGAUACAAAGCCCAUAAAUUCAACCACAACUUAUCUCCUCCUUUCAGGCAGUUGUGUUCUUCACUAAAGAGCCAACGUGCAGAGAUCUUCUCUCUCUCCUUUGCAGAAUGUGCUGAACAAAUUGGUCUGUUAUGUACUAGCAAGCCAUUUGACUCAUAGAUCUCUUAGCUUUAUUUUCUUAAUACCGCUGUCCAGUUUAGUAACAUUGCUGUCCAAUUUUGUAAUCUUAUCAAGAUCUUUUGCAUUAUGCGUGACCUUCUAACCAGCACUGCUUAAGGGAGCUUUAAAAAAGCAACACUUGGCAGUUUGUAGGUCCUAUGGGAUGCCAGACUGGACACGUGAACCAUUGUGCUGUUCUCACUAUCACAUGCAAGUGAGUUGCAUGUAAAUAUAGAAGCUUUAACGGAGUGUGCAUAUCACAUCUUGUAUUGUUUCUGCUGGGUGCAAGCAGACAAUGGGAGCAAUUAUGGAAAACUGGAUACCAUACAGAUUAUAGGUUGUGUGGCAUCCAGCUUUUGGUAGAUUGCUUCAUCUCCAAGCCAGAAGCGGACAUCCCGAUCCCCUUAUGAUUCCCUUAAACAACUCCGAGUGAGCGACGCUUCCCUCUUCUCUUGAAAGUAACAAAUGUAUUCCCUUUAUUUGCGCCACAGUUUUUCUGCAGUGCAUCCCCUAAAAUCCUACAUACAGCCUCUAGAUUCUUUCAAGCCCUAGUACAGAAAUGUGUGGUGAUGCUGAUCAGGCACACAAAUUAUUGUAAAUAAGAUUUUGUUCCGUUUAUUUUGACAUCUUUUUACAAAUUCGUUGCAUUCAGAUGUAAAUAUUUACAACAGUGGUUUUGAUGAAAGGUCUCAGAUUUUUAUUAAAUGUAACAAUUUAUUGAUUGUAAAAAUUGUAUAGAUACGAACAAAAUGGUAUUUUAUUUUAAAAAUGUACAGUUUGUGUACUUUCAUUUUUGCAUACUCUAUAUACUUUCUAGUUCCACUUCCUCUCCCCCUUCCAGGAAAAAAACCCCAAUGCCUGUGAUCCUGUGCUUAAAUCCUGGCUGCAAGUUGCAGCCAAAGUUUAUAAACUGUAAUUUUUUAAAGAAAAAUGUAAAGAAUUUAAAGUCAA